AUGAAUGGGGACCUGAGUCUCUCUCAGGCUCUCGGAGGACUUCGAAUCGCCAAUCCCGACGAUGCUACUGAUGCUGCUCACGACGACCCGAAUCCGUCGGCGCCCCCAGCCGAUGUCGAAGCUCACAACCACAACAACGCUCCCCAACCCCAACCUCAACCCCAAUCUCAACCUCCACGCAUCCUGCAUUCCUCCGACGGCUUGCGGGUGACGCUCUCCGAUGCGGCGGCAGGACCCGACGCCGUGUCUGCGCAAUACCUUGGCCGAGAACCCAGCCAGAGGGCGCCUUCACGCUACCAUCACCCGCCCCAGCCCGCGAUUUCACGACAGCCGUCUCAGCGCGAGGGCAGUGCCUCGAGUGCCAAAUCUCAGGCAUUCGCCGGCGAUGCCCCCAUCCCGACAACCAGCGAGGAGUGGAAAGACCGCGGCGCCGCCGUUGGUGUACGCCGGGAGCUCGACAAAAGCGGCCGCCCGGUCGUUCGACAGAUCAAAAAAGGAGUCCGAGACUUCUCCUUUGGACGGGUGCUCGGCGAGGGCUCGUACAGCACCGUAUAUCUAGCGACUGACCGCCAGACACUCAAGGAGUACGCCAUCAAGGUUUUGGAAAAGAGACACAUCAUCAAGGAGAAGAAGAUCAAAUACGUCAAUAUCGAGAAAAACACAUUAAAUCGCUUGACCGAGCACCCUGGCAUUGUUCGCCUGUACUACACGUUCCAAGACGAGACGUCCCUCUACUACGUGCUCGAUCUAUGCAAUGGCGGCGAGCUGCUCGGCGUGCUGAAGAGGACCGGCACGUUUGAUGUCGAAUGUACAAGAUACUACGGGGCCCAGAUUCUCGACGCCAUUGACUACAUGCACUCGCGAGGAGUUAUACACCGUGACUUGAAACCAGAAAAUGUGCUGCUUGACGACCAGAUGCACGUCAAGAUUACAGAUUUCGGCACUGCCAGGCUCCUCAACGACCCCCGAGCCACGCAGGACGGAAACGCCGACGGUGGCGAUGGACUCGACACGGAUAAUCGUAACGACGACGGCCGUGCGGCAUCUUUUGUUGGUACGGCCGAAUACGUGAGCCCUGAGCUGCUUACGCACAAGAAUGCUUGCAAGGCUAGCGACCUUUGGGCUUUUGGGUGCAUCAUCUAUCAGCUACUGGCUGGACGGCCACCCUUCAAGGCCGGCAGCGAAUACCUGACUUUUCAGAAGAUUGUCAACUUGGAAUACGAGUUUCCUCAAGGAUUUCCUCCCCUGGCACGAGAUUUAGUAGAGCGGUGCCUCGUUCUUGACCCGGCCAGGAGACUCACCAUCGAGCACAUCAAGAACCAUGAGUUCUUCAGCGGCCAGCCUUUUGGAAGACAUUUGUGGAGGUCCAAAGCUCCACGACUGCGUCCCUAUGUCCCGCCAGCCCAGGAACCAAACAUCAUCCAGCUCAACAACUUUUCAACCAGCCCUAGCCCAAACACCCGAGCACAGCCACCAAACAGCUCGCAAGGCAAUCCAGUGAACGGCAACAACCGACCUGCCCGUAUCAUCACGGAGCUGCCACCCCCGACACAGCUAGACAUUGAGUGGUCUCCAGUGCUUACGCGAAACAACGAACGCAUCUUGAAGCUUGGCGACAUGAUGGUUCUUUCUGCGCCAAUACCCAAUGGAUCCAACGGGAAAGGGUCUGAUGAGGGCCAUAGGAAACUGGCUCGAUUCUUUGGCGGAAGCACGACCAAAAAACGGCAGAGGCUCGUCAUGGUCACCUCAAGCGGCCGCAUCUUGUUGGCUCCAGCGGGGGGUGAAGAGAAGAGAGCAAAACAGGAGCUGUCGCUUCUGGCACCCGAUACAACGUGGAAAACCCAUCAGGAUGCCAAGGGCCAGUACGUAUGGUGUCUCGAUACGGGCGGCCAACACUUUACAUUUGAAGAAACAAAGACUGCAUCUGGUUCAGGGGGCGACCAUGCGUUUGCUGAAGAAUGGGUGGAAAGCCUAGAGAGAGCUAGAGACAUGGCAUUGUCACAACAGACGCUGGCAUCUGACGCCGGCUUUGGCGAGAUGUCGUCACAGGUAUCAACACCGUCCAGCACUCUAGUCGGCAGAGGGAACACUUCAGAUGGCUUUGCAGGCAGCGACCGAUCUGGGCGUAACCAUUUGAGCAAAGGCCAAGCCAGCAUCGAAGACCCCACGCCCGCAAAAAGGAACCGCUUCAGCAAAAGACAAUCCCGCAAUGGUCUAGGACCUGCAUUCUAA